AUGCGUUCCACACUCAGCAUCAUCUGCCUGUUGGCCCUCGUCGUCUCGUUUGUGAUGGCAGCACCUACACCGAUCCAGAAGCGGUCCUUCAAGGUUGAGCGGGUGCGCAAUGCCAAUUUCCAGGGCUACAACGGUGCGGCACAGCGGAUGAAGGCGCUGCGCAAGUUCCGCGUUCAUCCGCCACAGGACCUGAUCGAUGCUCUGGCUGCGCAGCGGGGCGGCGCCGGAAGCAAGGACAAGGGGCACCGGCAGAAGGGCACAGCCACGGCUACGGCCACGGGCGCCAAGGCGACAUCCGGCAGCAGCGGUGUGCUUGUGGGCAGCGAUGCGACCAACACGUCGAGCUCCAACGUGGGCAUCGUGACCAACACGCCGACGACAGACGACACCGAGUUCCUGUCGCCCGUCACGAUUGGCGGUCAGACGCUCAACCUGGACUUUGACACGGGCUCGUCGGACCUCUGGGUGUUCAACACGCAGCUCUCAGCGCAGGAGUCGGACGGCCAGACACUGUUCGACCCGACCAAGUCGUCGACCUUCUCAUCGGUCAAGGGUGCUACCUUCCUGGUCUCGUACGGCGACGGUUCCGAGGUGGCCGGCAAUGUUGGCACCGACACGGUCAACGUGGGCGGCGCGACGGUGACGAAGCAGGCCAUCGAGCUCGCCACGGCCGUCUCGGCGUCCUUCAUCUCGGACACGUCCAGCGACGGGCUGAUGGGCCUCGCCUUCAGUGUGCUGAACCAGGUCAAGCCGACGCAGCAGAAGACGUUUUUUGACAACGUCAAGGCUGACCUGGCCGAGCCGCUGUUCGCAGCUGACCUGCGCCACAACGCGGCCGGCUCGUACGAGUUCGGCGCCAUCGACUCGUCCAAGUUUUCCGGCGCGCUCAGCAACGUGGCCAUCAACACCACCCAGGGCUUCUGGCAGUUCAGCAGCGCGUCCUUUGCCGUCGGCGACGGCAAGACCCAGACCAUGGCCGCCUCGCAGGCUAUUGCCGACACCGGUACCACGCUAAUGCUCGUCAACGCCGCCGUCAUUGACGGCUACUUUGCCAACGUCACCGGCGCCGAAUACAACCAGCAGGCCGGCGGUGUGACCAUCCCCUGCGAUGCCAACCUGCCCGACCUGAAGAUCGAUGUCGGCGGCGCCACGGCCACUGUUAGCGGGUCCAACUUUAUCUUUGAGAACAUUGGUUCCAACACGUGCUUCUCUGGCCUGCAGCCGAUUGACUCGGACCUCAUGAUCUUUGGUGACGUCUUCUUCAAGUCCAACUACGUCGUCUUCAAUGGAAACAACACCCUGUCGUUUGCGCCUCAUGCUUAG